GCUGAGGCCCCUGGUCCUAACGAUACGCAGAGAACGAUCAAGCUCGUCACCGAGCAGCACAUCAUGUACAACAAGCCUCCUGCCUCGGAGGGCUUCCCGUUCAGAAAGUGGAACGUGAAGAUCUACAUUCUUGAUCAGCAGGGCAACCAGCAUAAGGCGGACUGCUUCACCAAGGUCGUCUUCAACCUGCAUCCUUCGUUUGACAACCCCGUCCAGACCUUCCUCGAACCUCCCUUCAUGUGUGAGAAUGAGGGCUGGGGUGAAUUCGAGAUGCAGAUUGAUCUCUACUACACCGACAAGAGCGGCAAGAUCACCAUCCCCCACGACCUGAACUUUCAGCAGAACCACUACGAGGACACCCACAACAUCACGUUCAAGAACCCUUCUCAGAACCUGCAGCAGAUCCUUCGCGAGACUGGCCCCCUGCCGAAUGAUGAGGACCGUCGCAAUAGGAAGGUGGACGGCAGCAUCAAGAAGCAGAAGAAGCCCUUUGACGUGGAGAAGAUGGCCGAGGCCCUGGUCAAGCUCGAGGAGGACGAUCUCCUGCAGGUCAUUCAGAUGAUCCACGAUCACAAGGCGGAUGACACCUACAUCCAGAACAAUCUUGACGCCGGCGAGUUCUCUGUUGACCUCUACACGAUACCUGAUAAUCUUGGCAAGAUGAUCUGGGAGUAUCUGGUCAAGGGCAACCUUGUUGACGUCUAGAGACCAGCUGACUCUCCCAUGGGCUCUAAUGGAUCUAUCGCACAGCAUGGCGAGUCGCUACGGCGACUACCUCGCAUCGUACUGAAGUUGGACUAAAGCCUUUUGGCGACCUCAUCAUGCAUUGUGGCUCCAGAAUAAUCCUGAAGUUUGCUGCCCGACAAACCUUCCUGUGAUUAUCUGCGUCUUUGUUUGACGACUUUUUUACGACUGUGCUCUGUCCACCCCCACCCCUUUUCUUCUCGAGAUCCUGCUAAAAGACAAUUGAUACUCCUAAUAUCCUGGCCUUCUGAGCUGGGGCCAUUUGCGAUACGUCUUCUCUCAUGAUUCACGGUGGGAUGGAAGCAAUGACGCGCGGGUCAUUCUCGUCGGCUCGUCGACUAGGGGUUCAGGGUCUUCGGAGGUAGUGCGUUUUGUUGUUGGUUGGGAGGACUUUGAUUGUACAAUACGAGAGAGAUGAUUGAUUUUUCUUUUACGGUGAGAAGGUCUUUGUUUAUGCGCGAGAAUCAAAAGGACCACUUUUCAGUCAUCAGAGAGAUCCAACACUCCGAGGGUUGCGCAUUGAAGGGAGGACUGGCAGUUUUGAUUUGAUUAUGACCAUGGAUGGAAAAUCAAAAAACAAGAGAUGGAUGGAGGUGCGGUGGCAUCAGCAUUCGCGGGCACUCUUUAAAGAGCCUGCACCGUUGAUUGACCAUGAAGGGACCGUACCAAAUCAAUAAACGGAAGCUUGUUAUUACGAGGGC